AGUUUGUGUCGCAUACGCAAGCCAUUCUCCAACUCUUGCUCCGUUCCAGUUUCCCCCUCUCUUCCUCUCUCUCUCUCUCUCUCUCUCUCUUCCCCUGCACAAUUCCUCUCACCUCAUCUCACCCCCCAUUCUCUCUCUCUCUAUCUCUCUCUCUCUCUUCCCCUGCACAAUUCCUCUCACCUCAUCUCACCCCCCAUCUCCCAUGGCGUCGUCGAUCUCCUCCUCCGCCCUUCGCCUCCUCGGCCGCGCCGGGCGAUUACGCCGAUCCGGCGAACCCUACUUCGCCCUCUCCCCGAUCUCCGCAUCAUCGUCGUCGUCGUCGUUGUCGACCACUACGGCUCCGCUAAUGGAGAAGGAGAAGGAGAAGGAGAAGGAGAAGGAGAAGGAGGAGGAGGUGGUGAUCGUGGGCGGCGGUAUCGCGGGGCUCGCCACCGCGCUCGCGCUCCGCAGGCUCGGCAUCGCGGCGGCGGUGCUGGAGCAGGGCGCCUCGCUCCGCUCCGGCGGGACCUCGCUCACGCUCUCCACGAACGGCUGGCGCGUGCUCGACGCUCUCGGCGUCGCCGACGAGCUCCGCGCCAAGUUCCUUCGGAUCCAAGGACUGGUGAUGAGAUCAGAAGAUGGGAAAGAGCUCAGAUCUUUCAGAUUUGAGGAUGAAGCCCCUGGGCAAGAAUUGCGGGCAGUAGAAAGGAGAGUUCUUGUGGAGACUCUAGCUGGGAGAUUACCUCCAAACACAAUUUCCUUUUCUUCGAGAUUGAGAUCGAUUGCAUGGCAAGGGAAAGAUGGUAUUCUUCUGGAGCUAGAUGAUGGUCGCCGAGUACUUGCUAAGAUUGUGAUUGGCUGUGAUGGUGUCAACUCACCAAUAGCAAAGUGGAUGGGGUUUUCCGAGCCUAAGUAUGCGGGACACUCUGCUUUUCGUGGUCUUGGACAAUAUCCUGAAGGCCAACAAUAUGAGUCAAAGGUGAACUACUUCUAUGGAAGGGGCCUCCGUGCGGGCUUUGUUCCAGCUUCUCCUACUAAAGUUUAUUGGUUCAUCUGCUUCAACAGCCAAUCCCGAGGACCGUGGAUAGCCGAUCCAUCAGCCCUCAAGAAAGAGGCCUUGGAUCUUGUUCAAACUUGGCCGCAGGAGCUCCUCGACAUCAUACACAACACCCCCGACGACGCCAUCGUCAAGAACCCGUUCGUCGACCGCUGGCUCUGGCCAGGCCUCAGCCCAUCGCCAGUUGCAGCAGCUUCGAACGGCGGUGGCAGUGCGGUGGCGGUGGUGGCCGGGGAUGCGUGGCACCCCAUGACGCCCAACCUUGGCCAGGGCGCGUGCUGCGCUCUAGAAGAUGCCGUCGUCCUUGCUGGAAAGCUUGCACCGGCACUCGCAGGCAGCAGAGGAGCAGUGGCGGCAGCACUGGGGGAGUAUGCGCGGGAGCGUUGGGCGAGAGUGUUUCCCUUAACGGCGCGUGCCGGACUUGUCGGAUCUUUGCUGCAGUGGGAGAAUCCAAUAGUGUAUGCUUUUAGGAAUAAGGUAAUGAUUCCCAGGUUGGCUCGAUUGGGGCCAUUACUGAAGCACACAAACUUCGAAUCUGAGGUGUUGGAGACCAUUGCAUCCAAGUGAAGCCACACAUGAUUUCAUAUUCAUAGGGAGGUAAAGAUUACAUACACAAUUUGAGUUAUAAACCAUUUAUAAGAUGAUGUAUGUUCGAACUUUUUAAUUUGGUACCCAUAGGUUUCGUAAUUUUGAAUUCAGUGACCCGCCACCCCCUCCAUUAGGUACUAUAGGGGCCAUUUGUUUGGGUAUGCUUCCAAAUACUACACAAAAUACCAUGGAAUUGUCAAUAUGGAUAUUUUUGAGGCCUUGUUUGGAUGUCAGAAUAAGGCAUCUAAUGAUAACUUGUUGAAUAAAAAAGUUUUCUUUAUGAUUGAGUGCC